AUGGUGUAUAUCCUCUUCAACAUUUCUCGAUUUUACGUCGCCGAAAAGAACUAUUGGGAAGUUUGGACUAUUUACCCAGUGGCAUAUCUUGCCUCUAUGGCGCUCUGCAUUAGUGAUAUUGUAAUGGUGAAGAUCGCAGGUGGCGGGCACCACAUGGUGUAUUUGGCAGAGAACAAUCCCGACGUAAUCGUGAAUUGGAUGAAAAUCCAGACUGGAGAUGAGAUCAUAUACAUGACUGCGGUCACACUACCCAAGAUCGCCAUUUGUAUACUUUAUCUUCGAGUAUUUACGCAAAGAAUUGUGCGGAUACUCACGUGGAUCACGCUCACAAUCUGCAUCCUUUACUGGUUCGGCGCUGGAAUUCUGUCCGAAUUUCUGAUCUGCCACCCGUAUGCCUACAGAUGGGACUCAUCAAUCAAGGGUGGUUGGUGCGGUGACCUGCUCGCCGGGUAUAAAUUCGUCAGUGUUCCUAAUCUGAUUAUUGACGUGGCUCUUAUCGUCUUGCCGAUCUCGAGCUUGUAUCGACUACAAAUCAGCUGGCCUCGGAAAAUUGGUUUAUUCAUCACCUUCAUGGCCGGAUGCUUGUAA